GAGAGCAUAAAAAUUCCGACAUUACUUUUUGACAUGCAUUUUUGACCACCCUAAUGCACAUAUCUUAAAAGUCACUUAUGUUUAUCAAUCUCGGUCAAAUGUUUGUCAAUACUGAUUUAAAAAAAACGUUAUCUAUAAGACAGAAAUACAAACCAAAUCUUUAGUUUUUUGCAAAUGUCCUAAAAAAUUAAAUAUUUGUUGUAGGCCUACUACGACUUUCUUGAGGUGGAUAAAGUAGCAACUUUAAAUUUUUUUAGUCAUGCGUUGGAACUAAUAGAUUGUACUUUGUAUUUAAACCCCAGUUUAUCUCCCGGUAUUUGAGGAAAGGUGCUGAAGUGGCAGUCCUUGGCCACAUAUUAAUCUGGGUGGUUCCGGUUACGUUGCGUCGUAGUGACGUGAUAUAUAUACAUAUGUAUGUUGUGUUUACGUAUGGCAUUAAUUAAAAUAAUAAAUUUUCUGAUUGCUUUAGGUAAUUAGUGGUAUACAAUCUUACUGUUAAAAAAAAAAAUAAAAAAUUAUCGGUGAAACGUCUUUUUGCAUAGAUUUAUUUAAUUAGGCAGUGCAGUAAAACAAGCUAACUAUUUAAGUGAACUUUGCACCAAUAACUAAAAGACAGCGCGCUCUUACUCUCUUAAAAAAAAAACCUUAUAAACAACAAAUAAAUAAUUAAUUACUCAUUCUCGUAUGCCAAAAAAAAAUGAGCACCAAAGGGAUUAAGAGAGCGGCUAGCUUACGUACAAAUAAUUCAUUGGCUGGCAAAUUAAAUACUUUGCAACGUUCAGUAGUUGAACGCGGAACGCCAACAAGCGCGGAAGCAUAUAAAGGUGUUUUUACCAUGUAUAGAGAGAAAAAACAUUGAUUGCCAUUUUGCCGGCCUCCAAAGGUGAUCAUGUCACUACGAUUCUAUUAUGAUUUGAUGUCGCAGCCAUCGCGUGCACUGCACAUCAUACUAAAAAUAAGCGGUGCUCAGUUCGAAGAUUGUCCAGUAGCGCUGCGAAAAGGUGUUUGGCUGAUUAUGAUGUGCGCAUAAAAUAUCCAAAAAUCAAGGCAUGGCUAAAACGCGUUCGCGCCGGUUGCAAUCCGCACUAUGAUAAAGCCCACGAAAUGGUUUAUAAGAUAAGCGGCACUGCCCCAAAUGCGAAGCUGUGAAAAUCCAUUAAAUUCAAAUGCUGAAUUUUUUGUUACUUUCGCAUGAAUAACUAAUAGUAGGCAAGUAAGGAAAGAAAAUGAAAUAAAGAAUCAAAAAAUUAAUUAAAUUGAUUAUGGAGUGAGGGAAUCCUUCCAAUCCUCUUGGAAGUCAAACAACAUAUUUGCCAACAUUUUGUUUAUUAUCUUUUCAGAGAUUUCAGACAACUCCGCCUCUUUCAGUGCAUCACAAUUUCGGCACUCAGCAAAAUGCCGCAAAUGCUAAGACCAUACUCGAUGUGAGGCGUACGAUUUGACGCAUCCGGAAUCCAAACUGAAGCUCUGUGAAUAAGAUAAGUAGAGCCAUUGGGCAGGCUACGGCCAACUCUACUGCAGCAUGUCACAAUUCGUGGAAUUUCACUCGCAUCCGUUUUCAAUUACGGCUUCAGCGUUAUGAAAUGUAUUUUCUUUUAAAUAAAUUUAGCUCCAUCCAAACA